UUCCUCCGUCCGGUAGAUGUCCCCAUCCAGAACACUGGCCGGUUUAGCCACACAGUUUUGCUGUACUGUAGUCUUCCUCUACGGUAACCUUGCUGUAUGCCAUUCAUUUAUUUGUUUCCUCUUCGUAUUUGGCACGGAUUGUAAAACACUAGGAAAAUGUAUACCACCUUCAGACUCCUCGUUAACCCUGCUGCACUGACAAGGGUCAGUUAUAGGUUGGCACCCCAACCCUUGUCAAUCUCCACACUGAGGGCAUCACAGAAUGCAGAACCUAAUUCCAGUAGAGGUCUCCAGCUUAGAAGGGAUUUCCACUCCAGCAGCGCAUCCAGGGAUAUUGACACGGCUGCCAAGUUCAUUGGAGCAGGGGCUGCCACUGUAGGUGUGGCUGGUUCUGGGGCCGGUAUUGGAACUGUGUUUGGCAGCCUCAUAAUUGGAUAUGCCAGGAACCCGUCUCUGAAACAGCAGCUCUUUUCCUACGCGAUUUUGGGCUUCGCCUUGUCCGAGGCCAUGGGACUUUUUUGUCUGAUGGUGGCUUUCCUCAUUCUCUUUGCCAUGUGAGCCGCCCUCGUUCCAACAAGUCUGGAAGCUACACCGGCAUGUGAUCUGAAACAUAGAGCUCUUGCAUUGGUAUAUGAACAAAUAAAUUUUUAAAUUACCUCUAA